CCCAAACUCAGACCAAUUCAGAAUUUCCCCUUCAGAAAAUUAAAACAAACAAACAAAAAAAAAAAAAACGAAGAAAACGUCCGACUCUCUCUCUCUCUCUCUCUAGCGAACAGAGCGAGGGUUUUGCGAAGCAAACAGAAAGGGAAAUAAAGCCCUAGGGCUAGAGCGAAAUCCCAAAACUCUCACACUGAGGUUGCAGCCUUCGUCAAUUGGAACUGCGCCGGAGCUAGGGUUUUCGAAUUCGUCCAUAAAGGAUUGGUCAUUUUCCUCAAUUUAUUGCCUGUUCGAGUAAUUUAUUUGGCGAUGUUGAUUUGAAAGUUUCAAUUGCACCAGUGCUGUUUCACAAAUAUUAUCCUGAAAGUCUUCCGUAGCUCAAUGGAAAUUAUGUACAUGGACUUCUUCGACUGUAAGCACGUUAUGUAAAGCAUCAUGACACUCGAAGAUUUUUUUACCUUAACUGAGAUGAAAGAUGGGCUAACUGCUCCAUCUCGAGUUGAGGAGCUGGUCACAUUAAUGCAGAGUGAGAAAGAUUCUAGUGUGAAUAAUGCUGGUGAGGCAACUCGGCAUUGGGUUGCAGUUGCAAGCACAAUUGCUGCCACAGAGAAUAAAGAUUGUCUUGAUCUUUUUAUUCAAUUGGAUGGACUCUGGUUUGUUGGUAAAUGGCUGAAAGAUGCUCAAAAUUUAGGUAAUGAUACAAAUGAAAGUUUUGUAGAAGAGUCAAUAACUGCUCUGUUACUAGCACUUGAAAAGCUGCAUAUUGACAAUAAGAGGUCAAUAUCUACGGGGAUCUGGAGUACUGUUGAGAAACUUCUUGGCCACAAAAGCUUGAAGGUUCAAGAUCGAGCAAGACUGCUGUUUGAUAGCUGGAAGCAGGAUAGUGAUGCAGUUGACCAUGAUGUUGAGAAUACUGGGGUUCUCUGUGGUGAUGGGAGUUCUGAGCUUUCUGUACAAGAGACCAAGCCAUCUGCUUUAAAUUUUACCCCUUCAGAAGUAGGUUCUAACAGCGAGAAUCGCCCAUCAGGUACUGCUGAUGAAACAUUGCCGUUAAGCAGUUCGGAGGGUCUUCAACCAGAAAGUGCUGAUGUACAGAUUCCAACUUGUAACAAACAGUCCCCAACCAACAAACUUUUAGAGAAUGCAGACAAGAAAGAUAGGUCUCCAGAUCCUUUGGGCUCUGUUAUUUUGGAGGCUGUUCAACAAAGUCCUAUAAAAAAUGAAUCCUCCGUAUGUUCUGUAGGAGCAAAUGCUUUAAUUGGAACUUCUAAUUUUCCUGUGGCAAAGACGAGCAAUGCUGAUGUGUCAGACAACUCAAAAUUGAAUGAGAUGCCCGGGAAUGAAAAUCAGAAGCACACAGUCGAUGGUUCUCCAAAGCAGUUGGGUGUGACUGACAUCUCUUCGGUAUCUGCACCAUUGGAAUCUGGGGUUGUUUGUUCAGAUGCUGAUGCUGCAACAUCCCAGGUUUUUGUUAAUGAUUCUGCUUUACAAAAAAAUGCAGAUGCCAAUGAGGAUGGUUUCUGUCAAAAGUUUGAUGCUCUUAGUGGUGAUGGACAAUACCAGAGCUGUAAAUCUGAUCCGCAAGUUGUGAUGGACAAUACAACGGCAGUGAUGGAUGAUACAAGAGCUGUAAAUCAUUGCAACACUACUGUUCAAGAUAGUGACUGUUCGAACAUUCCUCAGGAGUCAUCUGGCAAUGGUAGUAUGUCUGAAAAAGUGGAAGAUAUAGAGACUUCUUCCAGGAUGGAUGACCCGGGUGCUGUUGAUGAAGAUGAAGAGCAAGCAAGUGAUGAAGGCGCUGAAUUGACUACUGCUACUGUUUUUCCUAGCAACAUUUUUGAAAAAAGAAGGUCUGAUAUCGAUGUUGAGUAUGGGAUGGUUGAUGCUCUUGAAGUUGCUCGACAGGUUGCCCAAGAAGUAGAAAGAGAAGUGGUGGAUCACAGAGAACCAUACGGCAGUUCAUCUUCUGGGAAAAUUUCAGGAGGUGGACUCAGACAACCUGGUAGCCCAGACUCCAUAAAUGAAAAGCAAGACCCACCCACUGAAGUUGCACCAAAGGAUCUGCCAGUUGAGCAAUUUCAUUCUGUAGAGGCAAAUCCUGAGAAGGAUGUGGUUGACUCAGAACAUCAGGAAAUGAUACCUGAACAUUCCAUUCAUGACAUGGAGUCCUCUCAAGUGACUGAAAUGGCUCAAGAGCCAGAAGUUAACCCAGAAAAGGGUCUCUGUGGUUUUGAUCUAAAUGAAGAAGUGAGUUCUGAUGAGAUGGAUCGCUCAGUAAAUCCUGUCUCUGCUCCAAUUCCUUUUUCCAGACCACCACCAGCUGCUGAUCUACCCGUGGCCCCUUUGCAGUUUGAAGGGGCUAUUGGAUUGAAAGGAUCUCUUGGUAAUAGUGCUUUUCGUCGAGCAUCCCCACGCAGGCUUUCGGAUUCUGAGAAGAAUCUUUCUACAGGGGCCACCACUGAUAGCUCAAAGCAGAGGCCAGACUACCUGUGUUUAGAUUUGAAUGUGGCUUUUGGAGGAGAUGAUUUGGAAAAACAAAUUCCAUUGUUGUCUAGCCUCCCUUCUGGGGAAUCUUCAGGGGAAGUGAGUCAAAGUAGAUUGGGUAGGCCCAACUUGGAUUUGAACCGUAUUGAUGAUGACGGUGAUGCUCUACCAUUGAAUUUAAGAGUGGAAGGACAGUUCUUGUACAACCGAAAUGGCCGUCGCAGCCCAUCUCCUGCCUCAUCGUCAUCAUCAAUGCAGCCUUUGAUGAGGAAUUUUGAUUUGAAUGACAGGCCAUUUUUUCAUAAUGAUUCUAUUGAUCAAGGGCAUGGUAAGUCUUCUCAAAGUGCAACUGCAUAUAGAGGGCAGCUGGAUGGUUCAGUUAUUUCUAUCCUGGGUACCAGAGUAGAGAUUAAAAGAAAUGAUGUUCCUCAGACUCUGUCCCUGCCAAACGGCAAGGGGAUUAUUGAGACUGCAGGAGAUCCUAACUUGGCAAGAGCAGGAAGUCUUUUGGAGUUGGGUUCAAGGGUUUCUUACACCAAUUCUCCUGUUUUUGGGUACAAUGGACUGGCUACAGGGCCCGCAGUGUCGUUCUCCUCAACCAUGUAUGGACAUGGUGGAACAAUCCCCUACAUGGUGGAUUCAAGAGGAUCCCCUGUUGUGCCUCAAAUUAUGGGCUCUGCAUCAGCUGUUCCACCUCCGUUCUCUCAGUCACCAUUCAUCAUGAAUAUGAAUGGCGUGCAACCGGGUCUAAAUGGUGCUGGGCCGUCGCGUCCCAGUUUCGAUCUAAACUCUGGCUUCAUGGUUGAGGGUGGCAAUAGAGAUUCGGGUUUGAGGCACCUUUUCAUUCAUGGGCAAGGCGGAUCUAUGGAUGAGCAUCUGAGGAACAGCUCACAACCCCCUUCUAGUUCUAAUGUUGGUGGAAAAAGGAAAGAACCAGAAGGUGGCUGGGAACACCCGUUUAGUUACAGACAACAGCAACCCCCUUGGAGAUAGAAGUUCUUGACUGCAUGCUGUCCUAUCGUUGCAACAGUUUCAUAAAUCCAACCAACUCCAUUGAUACGUUCGUUCCAAACAUGAUGCUGAGGUAGGAGAGUUCAUUCGCUUUAAUAGAGAACUGAAUAAAGUUGGAGGUAAUUAUUGAUGUAACAUGAUUUAUGAUCAAGUGCUGAAGGAAGAAAGUUAGGUUGUUUAAUUUUUGUUUUUCUUUUUUUCCUUUUCUUUUCUGUGUUACAUACAGGCCUUUCGUCAUAGGAGAUUUGGUACGUGUAGCUGUAAUUUCUCUGCCAUGUAUAUCACAGAAAUUAUAGGAACAAAUUCUACAUAAUGUUAGUGGUGCUGGCUGCUUUGAUAAGUUGGUUUACCUGAAGUUAUUUAAAAGAGAAAAA